AUGCUCUGGGUAUCACCAUAUUCUUCGCCUUGCCUGACUGAUCCCGGCGACCCGCUACCGGAGGAGUUCCAUGAUCUGGUCAAGCUGGUUAGCAUGGCUGUCAAGAAGGAUGCGAAGGCCGGCACUGUGGUGGCGAGGUUCUACGAGCUGCUCCUCCUGGUUAAGAUCUUCAGGGCCGAGUCGGAGGUUGAGAAGCUAGCCAAGACCGAAUUGCGAGGCGCUGGUGAAGGAGUUCCUCAAGAAGGGUAA